AUGGACCACAUUUCGGUGACAUCUUCACUUGGAGGAAUAAUAACUUUCGUGGGGUAUAUCCGUGAAAGGUUGGACCGUGCUGUGGCCUCGCCAGCAUGGCGAGCUCGUUUCCCUGGUUACAAGGUGAUAAAUGGGGACCCCGAACACUCCGACCAUAGGCCUGUGAUUGUACAUUUGGAGGGAACCACCCAGCCAGUCCGAAUCAGCAACAAUAACUUAAAUAAGCGUUUCGAGGCACGGUGGCUCCUAGAAGAUGGUUGUGAGGAGGUGGUUAAUAAUGCAUGGAUAACUGCAGGAGCUCGAGGUGAAGUUAAACUACCGGAGAAAAUUCGUUUCGUGUCAAAGGAAUUAGCAAGUUGGAGCCCUGAGGUCAUGGGUGAUCUCCAAAAACGUAUAAAGCAGCUGAAGGCCGAUCUAGAGGAGUGCCGCAAGGAUAGUAUCACUGAAGCAUCUUUAAGGAAGGAGCAAGUUUUGCGCUACCGUCUGGAUCGCGUGGAGGAACAAUGGGAUACACAUUGGAAGCAAAGGGCGCAUGUCACUUGGCUGCAAAAUGGUGAUCGGAACACCACUUAUUUUGAUUCAGUGGCGUCGGAGAGGAAAAGGCAUAAUACUAUAAAAAAAGUUGAGGAGGGAGGAUGGAGUGGUGGUAGAAGGGGAGGAGAGCUUGCAGGCUCUUACCAAAUGAAUGCACAUCUCAAUGCUGAAUUUACACGCGAAGAAAUUAAAGAAGCCCUGGAUAGCAUUGGAGAUCUUAAAGCUCCUAGUGUAGAUGGUAUGCCAGCGAUUUUUUUCAAGAAGUUUUGGGGAACGGUUGGUGAUGCAUUGGUGCAAGAGGUUGUAAACGUAUUGCAAGGCGGCAGUAUACCGGAGGGAUGGAACGAAACAAUCGUGGUGCUUAUCCCAAAGGUGCAGAACCCUGAAAGUAUGAAGGAUCUUCGCCCUAUUAGCCUUUGUAAUGUCGUUUAUAAGCUAGUGUCCAAGGUGUUGGCUAACCGUUUGAAGUGCAUCCUUGAUGAGCUUAUCUCUCCAAAUCAGAGUGCUUUUGUGCCAGGUCGGCUUAUUUCAGAUAAUACUAUACUUGCAUAUGAGAUGUCUCAUUUUAUGAAGAGGAGAAGAUCGGGAAAGAAAUGUUACAUGGCAGUAAAGUUAGAUAUGAGUAAGGCCUAUGAUCGUGUAGAAUGGUCCUUCUUGGAGGGGACAAUGUUGAGGUUGGGAAUCUGCAAUGAUUUUGUGAAGAAUGUGAUGAAGUGUGUACGGUCUGUCUCAUACCGCUUCAAGGUCAAUGGUUUCUCAGCCCUCAUUCAUAAUGCGGAAAGAAGAGGUGCAAUUAGUGGGAUAAAGCUGGCUCCAAGUGCACCAAGUGUUAAUCACCUUUUGUUCGCGGACGACUCACUCUUGUUGUUGGAAGCGAACUUGGAGGGUGCUGCUGAGAUCAAUUUCAUUCUUCGGCGCUACGAGGAAGCCUCUGGACAGUUUAUAAACUGGGACAAGUCAUCGGUUUUAUUCAGUAUCAAUACUCCUAGAAGGAAAAAAGAUGCAAUUAUGGGGGUGUUGGGGCUGCGUAUGGAAGCACACGGUGGCAAGUAUUUUGGUCUCCCAAUUUAUAUUGGUCGUGAAAGAUCAAGGGCAUUUGUUUAUCUGAAAGAAAGAAUCUUAAGUAAAAUAAGAGGGUGGAAAGAAAAGUUCCUCUCAAAAGCUGGCAAGGAAAUCCUUAUUAAAGCCGUUGCACAGGAAGAUGAGCAUCGUGCACACUGGAUCAGCUGGGAGAAAAUGAUGAGACCAAAGGAAGAGGGAGGCCUAGGAUUCCGGGAUCUCCACCAUUUCAACUUGGCAAUGUUGGCCAAACAAGUGUGGCGCCUGAUACAAGCGCCUUAUUCACUUUGUAGCAGGGUACUGAGAGCUAAAUAUUUCGGGGAUGGUGAUAUCCUCAAUGCAAAACCAAUGCCAGAACUGAAGAAGGUUUGGAGGAGUGUGCUCCCAGAACAACUAAGAGUGCAGCUUCUAGAAUGCAAUUCAAGUCUAGAGUUUGUUCAUGAAAUUUUCUCAUUGAAAUACAAGGAUAUGAUGACGGCGGUAGCCCUGUUAUGGUGUUGGUGGACGGAGAGGAAUAAAGCAAACCACAAUGAGAAACGUUUGUCACCUGCUGAAUUUCAGUUUACAGUCAGGAGACAUACAAGAGAAUGGACUGAAUUUUUUAAAUCGAAGUCCACGAGCAUACAACAGAAUGAGCUUAAAUGGCAGCCUCCGCAAAGAGACUGGAUCAUGAUAAAUACUGAUGGAUCUUACAAAUCUGCUACUGGGAAUGGAGGAUGGGGUUGCAUCGCAAGGGACCAUGCGUGUCAACCAAUCUUUGCUGCUGCGGGCAGUGUAGCAAAUGUUGGUGAACCCCUUCAAACUGAAACGCAUGCACUUCUUGAAGCAAUCUCCCUGGCGGAUCAGUUUGGGAUUGGAAGGCCUGUGUUUGCUACGGAUUGCCUAGUCUUGAAGCAAGCAGUUAACUCGAAUGAUUAUGAUGAUGCACCACUUGGAGCCCUGUUUAGAGAAGUGAAGUAUAAUCUUUGGCUGAACUUUAUCGACUACCGUGUGAUUUAUGUGCAUCGGUCUUGUAACAAACCAGCUCACGAGCUAGCGGCAUUGGGUGCGGCUGAGCCGCAGAGUUACCACAAUGUGUGGGUCGAAAACUAUCCUAUUGCUGUAACCAGUGCCAUGUCCGGCGAUUAUGCCGUGCAAGUUUAA